UGGCUGCGCUUUGAACGCGGCGCGGAGCGAGCGGCGGACACCGAUCCCCGAUCAUCCCGGGGAGCGCCGAGCACCCGGCGGCACCUGGUCAGUCCUCCAUCGCGUCCGGGCCAUGGCGACCGAGGCGCGCGUGUCGCGCUGGUACUUCGGGGGGCUGGCCUCCUGUGGGGCCGCCUGCUGCACGCACCCGCUGGACCUGCUCAAGGUGCACCUGCAGACGCAGCAGGAGGUGAAGCUACGCAUGACGGGCAUGGCGCUACAAGUGGUGCGCUCUGACGGGGUCCUGGCGCUCUACAACGGCCUCAGUGCCUCCCUCUGCAGACAGAUGACCUACUCCCUGACACGCUUUGCCAUCUAUGAGACCGUGCGUGACCGCCUGAGCAAGGGCAGCCAGGGGCCACUGCUCUUCUACCAGAAGGUGCUGCUGGGCGCCAUCGGUGGUUUCACCGGUGGCUUUGUGGGGACCCCCGCAGAUAUGGUCAAUGUCAGAAUGCAGAAUGACAUGAAGCUGCCCCUGAGCCAGCGGUGCAACUACGCCCAUGCCCUGGAUGGCCUGUACCGUGUGGCCCGUGAAGAGGGCCUCAGGAAGCUGUUCUCAGGUGCAACCAUGGCUUCCAGCCGUGGGGCCCUUGUCACAGUGGGCCAGCUGUCCUGCUAUGACCAAGCCAAGCAGCUGGUCCUCAGCACGGGCUACCUGGCCGACAACAUCUUCACCCACUUUGUCGCUAGCUUCAUCGCGGGCGGGUGUGCCACCUUCCUGUGCCAGCCUCUGGACGUGCUCAAGACCCGCCUGAUGAACUCCAAGGGCGAGUACCAGGACCAACCAGAGAAAGCCAAGUGUAUCCCCUAAGCAACUGCAGAAGACGUCUACUUCUAUCUAGUUAGCACGCCUCCGCUUCCACAGGCCAACAGCCUCCAGCCAGCACACCGGAACCUUCCUUUUUUCCACCGUGAAGAUUCCCCACUACCCUGCCUGUCUCUGCCAAACAGUGAAGGUGGCAGACACCCUUGCCAUAGCAAACUCUGAGUAGAGAGUUUGUCUGGUCCCAUCUGGGGGGUCUUGUUAAUAUCCACCAUACAAAUUACCAAAAUUCAUACACACACCCCAGAUCCAACUGGAUUUCAGUUGAAAUUUCACCAGCUGUUCAUGAAACAGAAAAAUCUCUCUUACGCAAAGUUUUCAUGGAAGACUAGCACAAUCUCAACUCCAAAAUGAAAUUCAGAGACAAAUCUAACCCGUAAAUAUAAAUGCAGGAGCCCUAAAUAAACUCUUGGUAAAUUGAAAUCAGCAGUAUAUAAAAAAAAAGACCUCAGGACCACACUGGGCUUCUAUGAGGAUUUUGGCAUCUGAAAGCUAAUCAAUGUAAUCUAUGUUGGUAUUAAGACUAAAGGAGAAAAAACUCACUAUUGUCUCAAUAGUUGCUGACAGAGCAUUUGAUACAAUUCCGUAUUUGUUUGUGAUUAAAAAAAUAACUCUUAACGACCUAGGAAUAAAAGGACAAUUCCUUGAUCUAAGGCAUUUACCUAAGAAAAAAAAUAUAUAGCAAAAUUAAAAACCCAAAAAUCAUGAAAGGAAAGAGUGACAUUUGAUUACACAGUAAGAUCUACAAAAGCCAGAACCCAUGUAAGGCAGAAAUCUGACAGAAAAGGAAAAUUCAAAUAGUUUCCACUAAAUCAAGUGAUAGAAAAGUGGUACGACUGCAGCCUGCCAAAGGUGGAAAACUUGUGAGACCUGGAAAAACAAGGUAGUCCUGUUCAGUUCCAGCUCUCACAGUUUUCGCUGUAUAACAUUUUAAAUUACGCAUGAAGUGGUGCAGUGAAUUACUAUUAUAUGGCACCCCUAGCCAUGGUCUUGUAGCUCCCACAAAAUGAUUGGGUGGGGCUAUGCAAAUAAGGUGUUUGUGGCCCACCAAGGGGAUUGGAUAGUUUUGCUGGACUCAUGGAACACUUGCAGGGGGUGAGAACAUGCAAAUAAGGUGCAUGGAAUCUUUGUAGGGGGUUGGUCAAUUUUGUAUCCCACUAAGCUUAAAGGGAGCCAAUCCCAGAAGCUGAGAGGGGGGCUUCACUACCAUCAGGAAGAAGAGUCAGGAGCAGAGCACCUCUUUUGGCCCCAGAGUCCCUGCACUGAGAACCUCCUAGAUCCAGGAGGCAGAGCUGUAACACAAGAUGGAGGCAGCGCUGGACCAACAGACUAGGCUCCCUGGCACACGGAGCAAGAGAGCUGAGCACCUUCAGGCAGAAGCCUUCCUCGCAGGGUGGGGUGCCUAAAGAGUUUUGUAACACUUGCUGGAGCAGGGCAGAGGCCAGGGCCAAAAGGAGCCUGUCCUGAGGAGGCUGAGAAGAGGCUGAGUGGCCGAGAGGGAGUGUGCACAGCAGAGAGAAGGGUCUGCUUGGUUACGUGGCCAAGAGGAGCUGAGAGAGCUGUCCUGCACCAAAGAAAGAAGGACCUGCUCUCCUCUUUGGGGGAGCCUUCCAGACCUUGCCUACAUGCUUCCUGAUCCUGGUCCUGAGUUGUGGCCUGUUGAUUUGAUCCCAAAUUGUACCUUUUACUCCCCCCAUAAACCCCAUAAUGGUGAGUAUGGUCUGUGAAUUCUGUGUGGUCAUUGCAACAAAUAAUUGAA